UACAGUAUGGUAGCAAGCGUGGAGUGGACGUAUCUUUUUUUUUUCUAAUAACGUCACUUGUUUCGAAUUUUUUUAAAAAGUGAAUGGAAGUUGCUUACAGUUUUCAGUUGAGCUGUGUCGUAAGAAGAUACUUUACGACGGCAGUGACGUAAACGGAGUGUGAGUUGAAGCUACCGCGAAACUGUUUCGCUUGAGUCCACACAUUUACUGCAACGUUUUGUUUUACUUUUUAAUCGAGAAAGCCAAUAAUGUUGUCUUAAGCCUGAUUUUAAAUCUACUGCCAGUAAUGGAUGAGAGUGACCCACAGAAAUCUGACUGUGACACAAGAUGGUCGCAGCAACUGUCAGGACUUCCUCCCAAGCUUCUGCAACGCCUGAUGCCUUUUCAAAGGGAGGGAGUGGAGUUCGCUUUGUCUAAGAAUGGACGAUGUAUGAUUGCCGAUGAGAUGGGCUUGGGGAAGACGGUCCAGGCCAUCGCAGUGGCGUGCGCUUACAGAGCGGAGUGGCCCCUCCUGGUGGUGGUGCCCUCCUCUCUCAAAUAUCCCUGGAUCGAGGAGCUGGAGAGGUGGAUCCCAGAGCUGCAGCCCGGAGACGUCAGCUUGGUGGAGAGCAAGAGCCACAUCAUGGAUAUCAGCAGCAGUAAAGUGACAGUGCUGGGUUACGGGCUGCUCACCACAGACGCACGCCCCCUGGUGGAGGCUCUUAGCAGGCAGCGGUUCGCUGUAGUCGUGGUGGACGAGUCUCAUUACCUCAAAUCGAGGAACGCAGCGAGGACCAAGAUCCUGGUCCCUCUCAUUCAGAGUGCAAAGCGGGCCAUCCUGCUCACCGGUACCCCCGCUCUGGGUCGACCCGAAGAGCUUUUUAUGCAGAUUGAUGCCCUCUAUCCCAAGAGGUUUGGAACGUGGACAGACUACGCCAAGAAAUACUGCAACGCCCAUUACAGGUAUUUUGGGCCUCGCAGGCAGUGGGACUGUCAUGGCGCGUCCAACCUAGAGGAGCUGCACCGGCGGCUGAGCCAGAUCAUGAUCCGUCGACUCAAAGCCGAAGUUCUGAGUCAGCUGCCUCCGAAAAUCCGUCAACGCAUCCCCUUUGACCUGCCCAAGGAGGCUGCCAAGGAGGCCUCGGCCUGCUUCGCCGAGUGGGAGAGGCUGAUGAAGGGACUGGGGUCAGGGGUCGCCGCUACGGAAAACCCCUUCACAGAGGUCAUGAGUCUGGUUACACAGAUGUACAAACAAACAGCUAUUGCCAAGGCGGGAGCUGUGAAGGACUACAUUAAGAUGGUGCUGGAGGCAGAGCAGCUGAAGUUCCUGGUGUUCGCCCACCACCUCACCAUGCUGCAGGCCUGCACCGAAGCCGCCAUUGAGGCCAAGGCUGGGUACAUCCGAAUCGACGGCAGCGUGCCUUCAUCGGAGCGAAUCAAGUUAGUUCACAAAUUCCAGAGCGACCCAGAAACCCGAGUCGCCAUCCUCAGUAUCCAAGCAGCCGGUCAGGGUUUGACCUUCACCGCUGCCAGCCAUGUGGUGUUUGCCGAGCUCUACUGGAACCCCGGACACAUGAAGCAGGCGGAAGACCGCGCUCACCGCAUCGGGCAGACGUCCUCUGUCAACGUGCACUACCUCAUCGCCAAGGGCACCUUUGACACAGUCAUGUGGUCCAUGCUCAACAGGAAGGAAAUGGUUACUGGUAGCACAUUGAACGGCAGGAAGGAAUACCUGAAGGCUGAUGAAGGUGACAAGGACAAGUGGGAGUUCCUCAGCCUUGCCAGCGCUUGGACGCCGAGUGAGAUGGCGCUACCGCUGGAGGGAAACACAAGAAAUGUGAACGAUGACAUUUUCUUCUCCUAUUUUGAGAAAGAGAAGCAGCACGAUAUUCGCUCGUUCUUCUCGCCAAGUGCCAGCAAGGAGAAGAAGAGGAAGAAACCAGAUGACAAGGAACCGUCUCCGUCUCCGUCCUCAGAGCUGGUGGAACAAGUUCACGCCGACCGUUCUCCCUCCUGUGUGAAUCUCGACCAGGACUUUUCACAGCAACUGAAGAGGCUUCGAACGCCCAAGUCCAGGUCGAAUCCCGGGUCUCGGUUUGCCGGGAAGCGGAGGUUGACGCCGGGAUGGAACAGCCCAGGAAGUCCCACCUCGUUUGUCCGCCGGAAGCUUCCAGAGACGUGGAGCUGUGGGGCCUGCACCUACUCCAACAGCGGCCUGCUGCCUUUCUGCGAGAUGUGCGAGUUCCCGCGCUCGUCUGGGCUCAAACCAGAGUCACCAGGGCCUUCUCAAGCCUCCGCUGGCCAAGAGUACGUCGUCCUUUCCAGCUCCGGAAGCGAACCAGAGCCUCUGAAAGUCAAACAGACGCUGGAAGAAGCAGAAGAAGAGGAUAAGCGUUGGCCCAAAGGCAAACAAUCAGCGAGGGAGGGAGGCCACAACAUGGCUGGCAGCGGCGGCCACCUCUCCUCUGACCACACACAGGACUGCGGAGCGGUGUCGUGCUCAUCUUCUGCUGCCGAUGCUAAUGGUGGCGAUGAUUGCAAUGAUGAAGGUGACGCCGCCGACCAGCUCGUCUACCCGGGUCUGAAGUUCUGCACCAGCCGGUAUACCGACCGGAUUUAUCUCUACUCCAAGGACGGAGUGCCAUUGAACUUGAGCUUCAUCCCUCUGGACAUCAAGCUAACCAACUGGGACGACCUGCCCGAGGCCUUCAGCCAGCGCCGGGAAAAUCGAAUACAGGUGCUGAGAUUUGUUCAGGAGUGGAGCGGCCUGGCAGCCAUGAAGCAGAAGUUGCUGCGGCGCAGUGGCUUUCUCUUCCACAGCCCGACCAUGGGCCUGCAGCAGCUGGCCGCCAACCAGCAUCCCCACUCCAGCACCAACAGGUAUCUGAGCAGAGAGGAGGUGGCCGAGGCUUCCCUCAGCAAAGCCCGGGAAGAAGGAGGUGGCGUCCGUGUGGUCACCAAGGAAAACUUCUUCACAAAGAGGAGAUCUGGCAAUUCACACUCCCCGCCUGCUUCUGAGAGACUGGACCAGCAGUCUUGCAAAGCAGAAGAUGAGCAACCAUCUGCAGAGCCCAGCUACUUGCAGGCUGUGAACAGUCAGGGUGUCCCUCUGUGCCUCUCCUGCCAGCAUGCCUGUCCUACCACAGGUGGACCUUGGAAUACUCGAUUCUGCAGCCACAGAUGCCAGGAGGAAUUCCAGUUGCGGUCCAGCCAGACGUUCAUGCGUUCCUGCGUCCUGGAGGCAGAGCAAGGCAUUUGUCAACACUGUGGCCUCAAAGCUCAUGAGCUGUUCCUGAACGUCCGCGAUGCACCUGCCUCCAAGCGGAAGGAGAUACUGGAGAGCACAUGGCUGGCCCAGCUGCCACUUAAACAGCUCAACGAGAUGAUCCGCGCGCCAGUGGAGGGAGACUUUUGGCAGGUGGACCACAUCCGGCCGGUCUACAGAGGAGGAGGACAGUGCUCCAUGGACAACCUGCAGACGCUCUGCACCGCCUGCCACAAAGCCCGGACGGCUCAGCAAGCCAGAGAACGCAGCCAGAAGAAGAAGAGCGCCGCUGCCUCCAAGGUUGCGUCAGACAUCAGCAGGUUCUUCAUCAGGAAAUAAAACGCCUUCACAGUUGAUUAAAGACAGCUGGUGCUGUGCGGUUCCCACCGCAGACAUGAAUCUCUGGUGUUGAGGCCACAAGAGGAUGCACUCUGAGCGGAAACUGGGGUAGUAAAGGGAAUAAUUACAGAGCUAAACUGCGAAAUAAAUGUCUUGUUUUCACCGGGAACAGGCGGCCGAAGGGAAUACAGACGCUUGUGAAAAACAGAUACCUGAGCAAAAAUAAAGCCAACCACACCAAGAAGACAGUAGCUAAUUUAUGCUGCUGCCAAUCACUGAAUAUAAUUGCAAUAGCAUGGUAUAAUAGCAGCUCAGGACUAGUCAUUUUCCCCCUCCGGCUCUAUCUCAGGUGCUUGGAGAGGUUUCCAUCAGCUCCUGAUUUUUCAAGAGAGACCUCUCAGACAGAAAUGACAAUGGACUUUCAAUGGCUUAUAAUUAUGCCACUUUCCUGCACAAUUUCCUGCCCGUCAUUUGCAUUAAGACUCAUGCGGGUGAAAGUGAGCCACACGCUGCUCUGCUAAAGGCCCUCGGAUCGGCCCCAUGCCUCAAAUUACCAGGUGCUCUAACGCUUCUUGGAACGUGUCUGCUCCCCCUGCCGCCGCUGUCCUAAAGUUAUCCGACUCUGUUAAUUGGAUGGAUGACGUCCAGAGCGUGUGACCGCGUGAGGAUCGCAGAGAGAGAGGCAGGCGCCUCGGAUUUGUGCCACGGAAACCAGCGUUCGCCGUUUCCUCUCUCCAAGGUUAUUCAACAUUGCAUCUUGUGUUCUCAAAAAACUAAAAUCCUUUAAAAAAAUAAAUAAAAAAUGAUACUGAAUGUGUUGGUGAUCCGUGUUGGAUCGGGGGCCAAAUGUAACACUGCCAUCUAGCGGAUGUGUUGGGAAAAAUACUGCUUAACAGUUGGGGAAGAAAAUGAGUUCAUGCUUAGAAAUAAAAAUCUGAAUUGUCUAGCAGGUGUUUGUACCUGACAUUUGGGAGCAGUUUGGUUUAUUUAAGGGUGAAUACAUAUAAAAACACACCAGGUGAUUCUAAAAAUAUUGAAAACUUUACAAAAAUGUGUUUAUUUGCCAUAAGAAAUCCUUCCUUUCUUUUGUUUAGUAACUAAUUAAGUUAAAUCUGCUGCCUCAGCUGCUCUAGUAAUCAUGUGACGACGGCUCAGAUUAUAUUAUGUGAGGGAUGUAAGUUUUUUUUUUUGUAUCUAUAUGAAGCAUUUUCCACAUUCUUCCACAUGCAGUCAGCAGAUUGGGCGAUGCUUUCCUUUCAGAUGGCUCUUAAUUCUGGGAUUUGUUGCUCUCUGAAGCGGCUCUCGUUUCCCCCCCUUCGUUCUCUGCGGAUCUUCGCGCAGUAGGCGUCUCUCGUAGCGUUUUGAGAGGUAGCUGAAAAUAAAUCACCGCCCUCCCACCAGUACGCAAGCAUGUCCAGAUGGUGGAGUUUUCACUGACGUCCCCCCGCUGAAUUUCCCCCCAUUGUCUUCCUCUCUAAAAUUAGAAGGCAAUACUUGGUUGAAAAGCGCUGCGUCUGCUCAGAUGGCGGUGGUUAAUUAUCAGGAACUGGAUUUAUGUGCCGCCCACAAGUGAGCCGUAAAGGCUGAAUCGUUAGAGUUUAGCAGAGAACCCUGAAGAGUUUAAAUGUUGGGGUUAACUUUCAGAGUCCUUUGCUUAAUGUAAAUAAAAUUCAUGAAGCAGGAA